AUGAUCCGCGCGACGCCGGCCGACAGGCUUGGUGGCCUGCUGGGCUCCCCCAGGCUCCUGACGCGGCCAAAGCCACUCCCUGUCCAGUCCCGGAGGUUUCACCUUUCUGAGGCCCCAAGCCGCACGCAGCUCCGGCGCGCACGCCGCAGCGUGGCCAGGAGCGUCGGCGAGGAUGGCUGGAGAGCGGCCCAAGAUGUUGCCGAGAAGACGCGGCAUUCAGCGCUGGCAGAGGAGAUCGAGUCACUGGUGGUCUCCAAGUGGUUGGAAGGCCAAGUCGCCGACCUCAGAGACUUCGAGGCCUUCUUCCGCGCCACCGAGGCGUCCGACGUGCCGGCCGGGCGCGGGGAGGCCGCAGAGGAGGCCGCAGAGGAGACUUGGCUGAAGCCCCUCAGUGCGCCCCUCCCGCGCGGGCACGGGAGAGCUCUGCGUGCGCGAGCUGCGCAGGAGGGCAUCCGAGUCUUUGACCUGGGCGAGGGCGAUCACCCGUCCGAGGCUGCAGCAUGGCUUGAGCGAGAGGGCUUCGUCGUGCUCGCUGGCUGCCUUGCCGCGCCAAGCCUGCGGCGACUGCGCCACCUUUCCGCAAAGCUCUUGCAUCGGGCAGCUCGAGCGGAGCCGCGGGGCAACCGCGGGGAGAGGCGCUAUAGCCUGGGCCGCACCACCAUGGUGCCGGGCACGCUGGAGCUGUCGCAGAGCCCCGAGGUUUGCCGUGUUCUGGAGGCAUUCUGGGGCAGCCCCGACUUCUUCGUGCAGUGCACUGGCGGCGACGCGUCUUUCCCGGGCGCGAAGCAGCAGGACCUCCACGCGGAUGUUCCGGUGAAGGAAGUCGCCGAUCAGUUGUACAACUACCUGGACCCUGCACAUCCGGAGCGGAAGUUCAUGGAGUUGCCGACGCCCGUCGUCAAAGUCUAUUUCCCAGUGGUCGACCUUGAUGAUGAGGCAGGGCCGCCGCGCUUCGCGAAGGGAACACACAAGCUGACGGCGCAGAUGGACGUGCCACCACCGUCCCAGGAGCCGCCGACCUCGCGUGCUUUUUGUCCGGCCGGGUCAGCGAUCAUCAUGGACAUGCGGGUGUGGCACGGAGGCACAGCGAACACAUCGGCUGCUGCCCGCCCCAUGCUUUCUGUCCACUAUGCUGGGCCGUCCUAUAGCGAGGACGUGCUGAAGGAUGGUGGAAGCAUCCCGUUCUUCGGAACUUGCUACUGGUGCUACCACCAGGGUGCCGCCUCUCUGGAUCAGAUUCAGCGCUUGUCUCCCCGGGGCCAAGAGCUGUGCCGACACCUAGCCGCCCCAGAGGGCCGCAUCUGCUGCGCGCAGUGCUCUGCGCCCGUGCACCCGGGGCGCUCGGCGCUGCGCAGCAUCGGCGCGCCGGGCGGGCCCUGGCUGUGCCUCAGCUGCUGGGCAGCGCAGAAGCGAAGCCUUCUCCCCACCUGA